AAUCUUUAUAUAUUGUCUUGUACUGACAAUCGUAAACAUUGAGUAGUCAGUGAUAAAACUGUCAGCGGAAGCGGCGUAAAUAACGGAGCAGCUCGAUGUAGACUACUUAUAACAUUAAGUUUACACAGUUUUUAUUUCGUUUUUAAAUUUUAAUUUUCUGCUUUUGAUUGUUAUAUGCAAAAUAACUAAUGAUGAGUGACGCUAACGAGGAAACCUUGGUGCUUGACAAGAGGCAAGAAAAAACACCUAUGUUUGUUUAUGUUGUUGCUUCCUUGUCAGCUGUGGGGGGCUUACUUUUUGGUUAUGAUACAGGUGUUGUAUCAGGGGCUAUGAUUUUAUUGAGGGAUUAUUUUAAUUUAGACUCGACAAUGCAAGGUGUUGUCGUUAGUGUCACAAUCAUUGCUGCUUGGGUAACUUGCUUAUGUGCUGGACAUCUAUCAGAUAGAUAUGGUAGAAAAUUCGUAAUUAUUUCAGCAAGUAUUGUUUUUUCGAUUGGUUCUGUUCUUAUGGGCAUUUCUGCAAAUAUUGGCAUGCUUCUUGCUGGGAGAGUCAUUGUUGGCAUGGGAAUAGGCCUCGCCUCUAUGUGUGUUCCGAUGUACAUUGCUGAAAUUUCUCCCCAAGAUAUCCGAGGUACUUUGGUGACUAUCAAUAACUGCGCAAUCACUUUGGGACAAUUCAUCGCCAGUUUGGUAGAUGGUGCAUUCAGUACAGAUCACGUAAAUGGGUGGAGAUAUAUGUUGGGUAUUGCAGCAGUUCCAGCGAUCAUACAAUUGGUUGGGUUCAUUUUCAUGCCUGAAUCUCCCCGGUGGCUCAUUUCUAAAGGUCGUUACGACGCUGCUCUGGACGUACUACGAAGAACUAGGGGGCCGAAUUCCAACUAUGAAGCAGAAUUUGAAACUAUUAAGAGCAAUUGCUUAGAAGUAGAUCGAGAAAAAGAAAAUGAAACAGCCUCCAUCAUUCGACAAGUAUUGCGAAAUUCCUCUUUGCGAACAGCAUUGAUUGUCGGCUGUAGUUUGCAGGCCAUUCAACAGUUAUCUGGCAUCAAUACUGUUAUGUACUAUAGUGCUACUAUAAUCGAGAUGAGUGGUGUAAAGGAUAAAAGCAAGGUCAUCUGGUUGUCAGCCGCAACUUCAGGAAUGAAUUGCAUUUGUUCUUUCAUCGGACUUAUAUUCGUAGAGAGGGUAGGACGGAGGAAACUGCUUCUUACAAGUUUGGUUGGCGUAAUCUUAAGUUUGACUGUGUUGGGAAUCAGCUUCCAGUUGGCGGAUACAUAUUCUCCAGCUUUGACCUAUCAGGAUACAUCAACUGUUGGUUCUGUAUGUCAUACGUUUAGUUCAUGUGCUGGAUGUAUUGACAAUUCAGCGUGCGGGUACUGUUACACUGAGUAUCAAAAUGGCACUCUCGAUGGAACCUGUUUAAAAAGAAAUGCUACGUACCAGAUAUUAUCAGAUGGGGGACUUUGCGAUAAUGGAAACCUGCCUCCUCAUGUUACUUGGACUUAUGAAUGGUGUCCCACCAAAUACUCGUGGAUCACAUUUUUAGGAUUGAUGUUAUAUUUAUUUUUCUUUGCACCAGGUAUGGGAUGUAUGCCUUGGACAAUAAAUUCAGAAAUUUAUCCUUUAUGGGCUCGUGGUACAUGCUACUCAAUUGCUACAUCAACUAAUUGGCUGUGCAAUUUUGUGAUUUCCUUGACAUUUUUGGAUUUGAUGCAAGCUAUCACAAAAUAUGGUGCAUUUUAUUUCUAUGAUUCAUUAGCUGUUAUUGGGUUUGUUUGGCUGUUUCUCAUGCUUCCGGAAACAAAAGGUGUUUCUCUGGAAGACGUUGAGGGACUCUUCAAUCAUCCAUGGUGGAAGGAUGCAACUACCAGUACAGAGAAGAAAACAGUGCAGUAUGUACAUAUUCGUGGUAUCAAUCGUGCAUUUGCUGCAGAAGAUUCUGAUGAAGAUAGUUGAUUUGUUAUUUGUAUUUCUUUCUUGCUUUUGUCUAUUGCAUUGAUGACAUGGUUAGAAUUCCAACCUUGAUAUUCCAGUUCCUACCUUAAACCAAAUGAUCUCUAUCAUUGUUAAUCCUGAUCUAUCUGAAAAAUCCAAACUCAUCUUAAAAAUAUUUAACAUACCGAAUGUUCUGCAAUCACUGCUUUGAAUAUAUGACGUGUUCCUUAAUGGCCACCCUUAAUAUAUAUUUUUUGUAUCCAUGUCAAAAAUAAAGUGGGAAAAGUAUACACAUUAGAGAACACAAAUUAAUGUUUAAGCAACUAAGAAAACAAGAACUACAUGAAGUUAUGAGAAAUCGAUACAGAGGCAGAGCCAGGCUUAAAAAUCUAAUCAGUUUGUCGAAACAUGAAGAGGUUUCUAAUAAUACCCUUUUUACUAAUGUCUGUUUUUCUGGCAAUCGUGGAGCUUUUGUUGUUUUUAGUCACACCUUCCAUACUAAUUUAAAUUUUGAUAUUUUUUUUGUCAUUAUGAUCAUUACAGAAUACCCUGUACAAGUUUUAGAAUCCUUGUCAAAAAUGAACUAAAAGGAAUGUAUGCAUUGAUAGUUGUAAAUUAAUAUUGAAUGAGGAAAAAGCGAAAACACUAUGAAAAUCUCUCAAAUCGCUGUUGAGAAACCUGUUAUCAAAACCUGUUAGGUUAAUGGAAAGAUACAGAUAGUAGUUGAAAGAUGAUCAUUAGAAACGCCUUCAAAUUUCUAUUGGUUUUUAUAUUUACACAUCAAUAUACUCUUAAAGUAAUUUGUAAAGUUUUUUUUUUAUUUUAAGGUAUUUUGACUUCCAAUGUCAUACUUUUUUUAAACUAGAAUUCUAAAAUUUUACGUCAAAGACAGUGAUUGUAGUAACAGCUGUAUUUAACUGAGAAUCUUUGCUUUUAAAUAAUGAACUAAAUUUCUAUUAAGUACGCAAAAUUGUCAGGAAUUAAAAAGAUGUUUCUGCCUAAAUAUCUAAACCCGAAAUAAUUGAAAAUCAGUUUAUAUUACAGUGAAACCUCUCUAGAGCGACCACUCUCUAUUCCACGGUAAAAUGGUCGUUAGUGGAGGCUGGUCGUUCUUAGGGAUUACCUCCAUUGACUUCAAAAUGUAAUUGAAAGUACAUGAAUUUUGGGAACGAUUUCAAUUUUAGUCAAUGUCAUUUUCUUGGCCACUAGUGUUGGCAUCAUGAAAAA